AUAUGGUCAUUAAGGAUUGAAUUAAACAGCUGGAAGAGAAGAAAGAAAAUUUUCCAAAAAAUCGAUGUUAUUUAUUCUAUAAAUUCUAUAUAUUAAAGCUAGGUAUAUCCCGGAAAAUUUAUCCUAUAUACGCUUAGUUUGAUAAUGGUUGAAUUUGAAGACUGAAGCAACAGAGGCAACAGUAGAUAAAGACGGAGUUCUGCCUGUUCUGGCAAUGGCCCAUGGCCAAUGGCUAUCGCUGUAGACGAUGCUGUUUGGGCAUAUUAAAUGCUGUAUAAUGUGAUAUGCACCGGGAUUUUCUCCAAUGAAUGAAGUUGAAGAUAACAGCUGGGUGCGUGAAUUCGACGUAUCGAACCCUCAAAAAACGCAUGCUGGAUAUACAGUAUACAGAGUUAGCUCGAAGGUAUAUCCCAAGGGGUCACCAGAAGGAGCAUCAGAGAUCAUUGUGUUCAAGAGGUAUAGUGAAAUCAGGGGAUUGUAUAAGGAACUGAAGACUAUUUAUGAAAAUAAAAAUGACAAGAAGAAAAAAUUUCCGCGUUUUGCCAAAGGACAUUACUUCGAUCGAUUUGAUGAAUCUGUGAUAGAGGAAAGACAGAAACAAGCCUUGUCAUUGCUCUUGUUUGCUGGAAAUAUUUCCUUUCUUUUCACCAGUGAACCUUUUGUGAAAUUUUUUGAGGGUGGAGUGGAGCAUUCUAGUAGAGGAUCAUCUUACAGUGACUCAGAACCAACUGAGCUUGCAUUUGAUGUGAGCAGCGAAACUGAGCCGUGGACCCCUGAGGUGUAUUUCAAUGAGAAACAAAACAGUUCAGACGAGGAUGAGACCAUUUAUGAAAUCAGACGAGAUCUUGCAAAUACUGAUUUAUCACUGGACAUGAAGAAGACUUCAGACGUGGAUGAAAAGGCGUGGCUGUUUAGAGCAAUGUCCAUGUGCAGUGAUGGGGAAGACAUUGAAGCACUGGCAUCUGAGGCUGGGUACAUUGCCGAUGAUGUAAAAGAGAAUAGUUUGAUUACCAAGGAGGAUGUUAGUGAUGCUACUGGUAUACGCAAGACAGAUGUUUUGCCAAGUCAAGGGAGUGUGGACAUGUUACCAACUUUACUUGAGAGUGAUGAUGGUGAGGAGGAAGUCUUUGUUGAGAUUUUAUCUCCAAAGAGGAUUUCGACUCCAGCCAGCUCAGAUACCCAAUCACCAUUCGACAGUUGUGUUGAUGAGGAACCUGGGCUCAUAGAUGAAACAAAAUGUGUAAAUUCUCAGCCUUUAGACAGGAAAUUAGACAGUGCUUCAUCUAGUCAGGAUAACAUUGAUACCCUUGAACAAGAUUCUAACUUUAUUAGCCCAUCAAGGAAAUUAAAUGACAGAGAAGACGAAGAUAAGGAGGCCACUAGCAAUGGUGAGGAUAGAGAUCACAUGCAAGAUCUCAAGGAAUCUGGCCUCGACAAUGAGUCAGGUUCUGUGGAAUGUAAAAACCAAGGCCACAGGCAAGUUGGUCGCACUGUCUCAAAUAUAGCAAUGGCAUGGAUUGAUCCAAAGAAGAAGGAUUACUUAUAUCAAGCAGCUCAGAUCAUCCAGCAAGCUCUGUAUUGUGAAGCUAAUGAAAUGUACGAAGAUGCUUUCAAUAAAUAUAAGAUUUGUGUUGGAAUAUUGCUCAACGGUGUGCAACAUGACAACGACGGCAAACGACGCGAGGCGGUUAGACGUAAAACAGCUCAGUACUUAGUGAAAGCAGAGUUUCUGUUUAACACUUAUCUGAAACAUGAUGACAACAAUACUAGUGACUGGUCAACUGAGCCUCAAAAUUCCGUUCAAGACAUCACAGAUCGGAGUAUCGUUGAUCGGAAAUUCGGUCAUCUGACAUUGGCAGGUUUGAAAGUCAUUGGCGUCGUUGGAAAGAAUAUGUUGGUGGAAUGUGCAGGGUUAGAUGGUGUUUUUGUCAUGAAGGCACUCCACAAAACCAACGCUGUCCACCGAAGCAGUAGACAAGAACACAAACAGACCAGUAGAAGCUUCUCGAAGAAAUACGUGAGGUCAAACCACAUGGUGAAAUUACAUCGUCAUUUUGACACGAACAAUAGUAUAUUCUUGCUACUUGAGUAUGCCCCGGGUGGGUGUCUGUGGGGUCACGUGAAGACACUAAGACAACAUUACUCUCCGUGUAAUGAAAUGUCUGAUAGAAAUGUUGCACUCAGCAACGAUACUUUCGCUCAUAAUGAACAUCACUCUGAUGUGGACGAAUCCGCUGAAGAAGAAACUGCGCCCGAAUGUACAUCAGUUUCUGGCGAAGACGGCACAUCAAAAGAGAUUGUUGGGAAUGAAUUAGGCGUUGAGGAGAUUUCUAGGAAUUCCCAAGGAAAUAGUAUUAAUUCAGCUAGUGAACCGUUUCGCGAAAAUGUAUCGUUAAAUAACGACACAGGGAAGGAAACUGCGACGAAUGCAAAUUGUUUACCAGAAGAGAGGACGUGUUUGAAACCGGGUAAAACAUCGGUUGAGCAAUCCGGUCAACCCUGUCAGAUAACACGCAGUGACGUGUUGGGUUCUUUGGAUCACGUGGCAAGCGAUCGUUCCGCGAUGGAUAAAUGUGUACAAUACUGGAUAGCAGAUCUACUGCUGGCUAUUAAUAGCUUGCACUCGUGUGGGAUUAUCUUGAAGGACCUGAAGCCAUCCAAUGUGUUAUUAGACGGCAAUGGCCGUGUCAAGUUGUCGUAUUUCGGAGUCUGGGAAGAGGUUGACCGCUCUGUCGACCCAGAGGCUGUGACGCAGUUUUACUGCGCACCUGAAAUUUCUCGUGGUGAAAAAAUCACGUUUGCAACGGAUUGGUGGAGCCUUGGUGUCCUUAGUUACGAACUCAUAACUGGAAAGACCUUGUUUUCCACUCAUCCUUGGGGUAUCUAUCCACAUUCAUCAAUCGUCUUCCCAGUUCAAGAAAUAUCCACCGAGGCUAGAUCCUUCUUAUCUGGGCUUAUUUGCCAUAACUCCAGAGAAAGAUUAGGCAGCGCUAUGGACGGGGUGGAAGGAAUCAAAUCCCAUGCGUUUUUCAAUGGAGUGGACUGGAACGAACUUUCAAAAUCAAGAUGACAUUAAAAUGGUCCAGAGCUAUGCCUUGGGAUGGCAAUUAUUAUUAUGCGUUUAGGGGAAACAAUUUGAAAUUUUAUAAAUAUAGGGCAUGUCGAAAUAUACAUUAUUUUUAAACGUUUUGUAAAAUAGUAUCAAAGUUUAUUUUACUGUAAUUCUAAAAUUCAUUAAAAAAUACAAUU